CCUUCCUUUCCCGCAAAACCUAAUGGAGGUGCAGCAACCGAUUGUGGGGAACAGAGAGUGUAACUGUAACUAUGGAGUGGGUGCGAUCACAGACAAUGUGAUCUGUGCCGGGUUAACUGCUGGAGGAAAAGGCAUCUGUCAGGGGGAUGGAGGAGGUCCGCUGGUGAGCAAGCAGGGCGGUCGCUGGAUCCAGGCGGGAAUCGUGAGUUUUACCAGUAGUAAGGGCUGUGCCCAGCCUAAUAUCCCAUCAGGCUACACCCGGGUGUCCCAGUAUCAGUCCUGGAUCAACAGCCAGAUCACCAGCAACCAGCCAGGCUUCAUCACCUUUACCUCCUCUGGGACCGACGGCGACCUCAGCAUCAGCUGUCCUGGCCUGCCACCGUCAAUACCCCAAGUGUGUGGUCAGCCAACACUCAACACCAAGAUUGUUGGAGGACAGGUGGCCUCUGCAGGCAGCUGGCCCUGGCAGGCCAGUCUGCAAACCUCUACAGGGUUCCACUUCUGUGGAGGAACCCUCAUUAACAAUCAAUGGGUGAUGACUGCUGCUCACUGCUUUGCAAGCACAGGCGUAACCACGAGCACUCUGACUGUGUCUCUGGGUCUUCAGAGUCUACAGGGAUCAAACCCCAAUAAAGUGACUCGGACAGUGUCACAGAUCAUCAUGCAUCCCAGCUAUAACUCCAACACUAAUGACAACGACAUCUGCCUCCUGAAGCUCUCCUCACCGGUGGCUUUCACUUCCUACAUCCAGCCCGUCUGCCUGGCAGCCCCAGGCAGCACCUACUACAAGGGGACUCUCUCCUGGGCCACCGGCUGGGGCAAUGUUGGAACUGGAGUGUCCCUUCCAUCCCCAGGAAACCUCAUGGAGGUGCAGCUGCCGAUUGUGGGGAACAGACAGUGUAGCUGUACCUAUGGACUGAGCAUCAUCACCAGCAACAAGAUGUGCGCUGGGUUCAGUGCUGGAGGGAUGGACACCUGUCAGGGAGAUUCAGGAGGUCCGCUGGUGAGCAAGCAGGGUGGUCGCUGGAUCCAGGGGGGAAUCGUGAGUUUUACCAGUAGUCUGGGUUGUGCCCUGCCUAAUUUCCAGUCAGGCUACACCCGAGUGUCCCAGUAUCAGUCCUGGAUCAACAGCCAGAUCACCAGCUUCCAGCCAGGCUACUACACCUACAAGUCCACUGGGACUGACGGUGACCUCAGCGUCACCUGUACACCACCAAAAAACACACCCUAAUGGUGAUCUGGCGGUGAGCAGAGCGGCUCUUGGUUCCAGACGGCAGUGUUGUUAGUUGGAAACAACACCACCUUCCUGGCUCAGACACCAACACCACCAGCAACAACAGCACCAGCACUGCUGCCGGCAACAUACCAACUACCAGCGGGGGCGCUCCUGCUCACUCCCUCUUCUUCUUCUUCCAUCUCCACAUCUUCUCUGUGUGAGAACUUCUGGAUGGAAAUAUCUUUCUCUCUAUAAUGAAGGGUGUAAAAUUAAUAAAUGAAUGACAAUGAAUUGUUUCACCAGCAAUGAACAAAUGUAGGUAUAUGUAGCCUGGCAUACGAGCGUGUCAAGAUUUUUGAAGGAUGUUAUGCAAAGACAAAAUGAUGAUUUGUCAUUUACAUAAAACUUCCCCCUCAAAUAACUGAAAACAGGAUGGUGUUUAACAUUGCAGGUAGAAUUAAACUAAUGCUGUCAAUGGAACAGUCGUUAACAAAUGGAUUAAAAAACUUUAAGGAGCAUAUUUUAGAGGUCAGAGGAUCACAUGCCCAUCAUCUGCUUAUUGGAGCUAGUGUACCUUAAUGUACAAUGAUAUCUAAAGUGAACAAGCAGCAUUUGCUCUAAAAAUACUUCAACUCUACUUUACAUUUAUAAUAAUUUAGUUUGAAAGGUUAAUGUCAAUAUUAAGUCUUGUCGAGUUUUGCCAUGGUAACAAAUGUCCUGUAGAUGUGAAAGUGCUGAAAUAUUAACCCCUUUGAUUUAUUUUUUUUAAUCACAAUAACCUGGUUUUUAAUUAAGGGAAAUCCUUUCUGUCGGCUUUGAGUACAUGUAUGAACUCAACUCAUGCAGUCUAAUCUAAAUGUCCUGCAGUAAAUCCUCCUUCAUGAUGGUUAUAAUCUGUUUGUGUUGAAACUGUUUUAGAGAUGUAUUGAUUCAACUGUAUGGUCAUUCUGGAGGCUGAAGUUGUUUGUUUUUGUUUCCACACUUGUGUAUCAAAAUAAAAAAUUU